UGACCAACCCGAAACUAGUGACCAACCUGAAACUAGUGAUCAACCCGAAACUAGUGACCAACCUGAAUGUUUAUUACUAUACCAAAGUAUUUAUGAAGAAUCAUAUGAUGAUUUAUAUAAAGAUAGUUGUGGAUAUUAUGAGCCAGAAGAUAGUUGUGAAGAGGAUGAGCCAGAAGAUAGCAUAUUGAGAGAAAUUUAUAGUGGCCAAACGGUAGAAAAGGGUGAGAGUAAUUGGGCAAGAAAGACGUAUAAGUGCCAUCAUAGUGGAAAAUAUGUACCAAAAAAAAGGUUGGAUCCUACACAAAAUAGAGACCGAGAAUCAGUCUGUAUUGAUUGUGGUUUUAAAGUAAAUGCUUUAUAUCGUAAAUCUGAGAACCUAGUAUUUGUUAACAAAUUUGUUAAUGAACAUAACCAUCUAUUACAAAACCAAGAUUCUCUUCAAAAAUUCUCACUAGCAUUACGUAGAAUACCAGACGAUAUAAUAAAUAAAAUCAAAUUUUAUGUACAAGUGUGUCAAUUAGGAGCUACUGUUUUAAAAAAGAUAUUAAGAAAAAAGUAUCCAGAUCAGGACAUUUACCACCAAGAUCUUUAUAAUGCGAUAUAUAAAUUUAAAGCUGAGAGUUUGAAUAAGGUUAUAAAAUUAGAGGCAAAUUCAGGAAAUUCAUUAUGCCAACUCCAGUUCGAAGUUGAAUUAAGACUAAAAGAUGAAGCCAAAUAUUCACGAUCGCAAGAAUUUCAGAAUAUGAACCCUACUACUGGAAUCCUCUGGGUCUCUAAUACUAUUUUUAAUUCGAUGGAUGAAAUAUUAAAAAAAUAUCUUAUACCAAAUUUGCUGGCACUGCAAUGGAAGCAAAUGAUGGAAAGCUUGUUGUAUAGAGUUCAGAUAAAUGAACUUAAAGAUAUUAGUAUAACAAUGCAGAAUUCAAAUCAGUAUAAUGAAGAGUUUCUUGAAGAUGAUUAUGAAGAACCUCAAAUUUUAAUUAACAUGGCUUUGGAGGAUUGUUUAGAAGAAGUUCAAGAAAAAUCAAUUACACUAAUUCAAGUUGAAACUGAAUUUCAAACUAGCAUGUUUAAAACAUUAAAUAAUAUUCGUGGGCAAGAGAUAUUCAAUGAAUCUUUUAUAAAUUUAGAUUCAAAAAAAGAAAUAUAUGGCCAUGGUAUUGGGCUAUGCAAAAAGGCUUUAAAUUUGGUGAUCUUAAACAAUUUUAGCAAAGCUUUUGAAGAGCUUUUACAACAAUUUAUUAAAAAGAAAAUAAAAUGUCUACAGAAUCUUCCGAAGAUUCUAAUAACAUUAAUAAUAUCACAGAUCCGAUUUAGCACAAAGGGAAAGGCCGACCUACAAAUAAAAAAUACUUGUCAGCUAUUGAAAUCAACUUUAAAAGAAAAAAAUAAAAAUAAAAGACAAUGUGCUAAGUGUAAGUCUUGGUAUCAUGAUUCAAGAAAUUUUCCUGAAAAAAGUGAUCAGCAUGAUAAAGAAAAUAAUUAG